UAACACAAAACUCAAAAAGGGACAUGAAGGUCAUAAUUCAAUUUCUUGAUGGUGUUAUGAGUUUCUUUCCUAUAAAAAUACUACCUGCCUAUUAACUACCACCUUAGCUGUUCUUUCUUUCAAAGCACCAAACUUUGGUCAUCAAUGGCAGAGCUAGAGAGCCCAAAUGUGAUGUCCAAAUUGAUCACAUUCCUCUCAUCUCUACUCCAAAGACUUGCCGAAUCGAACGAUCUCAACCCUCAAUUCCAGACCCAGAAAAUCUCAGUCUUCCAUGGCCUAACUAGGCCUUCUAUAUCAAUCCAGAGCUACCUUGACAGGAUCUUCAAGUAUGCAAAUUGCAGCCCUUCUUGCUUCAUUGUUGCCUAUGUUUACCUUGAUAGGUUUGCUCAGAGUCAACCCUCCCUCCCCAUCAACUCCUUCAAUGUCCAUCGCUUGCUUAUCACAAGUGUCAUGGUCGCUGCCAAAUUCAUGGAUGAUAUGUAUUACAACAAUGGAUACUAUGCAAAAGUUGGAGGGAUUAGCAAAACCGAGAUGAACUAUCUUGAGCUAGAUUUUCUGUUUGGGCUAGGCUUCAACUUAAAUGUUACUCCAAACACAUUCUACACCUACUGUUCCUACCUCCAAAAAGAGAUGGUGAUGAUGCAACCUCCUGUGACUUUAGCUGGAGAAUCUUCUCUAAAGAGAUUGUAUUUCAAUGAAGAAGAAUCCUCCCAUCAACAACAACAACAAGAAGUAGCUGUUUAAAUUUUAGUUGGGCAUAGAGAUAGUGGGUAGUAAAAAGAAAUUCACUUUCUUACAUUUUGUUUUGUGGGUCCCAUUUACUUUCUUUUUUUUAGCUUUUUGGUAAAUGACACAUUUGGUAUGUACAGGUUGGUGUAUUUUCUUUACAGUCUGGCUAAUGUGAGUGAAGUCUAGAUCACUAAAAUUGUAUGGAAUUUCUUUUGGUUCA